CAACAAAUACAAACUAAGGUUGAGGCAGUUCGAACACCAGAACGAAUCAAAAGCAUGAAUUUUAUUAAAACUCGGGGUCCGUGUACCACGUUUCUCUCGUGCUCCAACCCUGACAGACCUCUAACCAGGUCCAACCUUCUCAACCGUAUCGGAAUUAACUCCACUUCCAAUAGCAUGCAGAAACCUUUUAUAAGAACAGGUCUUAUAAAUUUGCCAUCCAAAUCUCCAAGACCUAUGGUGCAAAGUAUAGAAUCUAGGCCACGAUUUAAUUGUAGUCCCAGAAUCGAAAGGGGAAACAUCAGCGCUAGGAAAGUUCCUUCAGAAAAUCUGAGAUUGAAAAAUAAAUUUUCUUGUAAAAUCAAUGAGAAGUCGAAUAUUAACCAGAGUCUGCAAAAUGUGAGCUUAAAAAAAGUAGUCGCUCCUGUGAACGAACAAAAUAUACCAGAAAAGCAAACGAUACGAAGAAGUCAGAUUGAAACUUUAAAAAAUACAUUCUGUCGAGAAGUCCACGAUAUAUCACCUUUACCCAAUACAAGUUCAGCUAGUGGGAAAAGGUACAAACCGCAACUAGAAGAUAUCAAGAGUUCAUAUUUGUUAUUAAAUAAAAAGAACGUUAUUGAUCGAAAUAUUGAAAACAUUAUAAGCAAUGAUUGUCAAAACCGUGUAGUAUCUAAGCCGGAACCAUUCGACGAAAUGAAAAGGAGAGAACAGUUAAUAAAAGCGAGAGAGAAAUACAAGAGUAAAAAGUACUGGAAUGAGUCGAAAUACAGAUGCAUUGAAGGUCUUAACUGGAUAUCCUGGAAAUGAAACAGCUGUACGUUUUUAUAUAUUUAAUUAAGUGACGAUUCCAAG